AUUCGGAGCUGGGGCACUUCACCCUCGGGCUGCAAGUCAAGCAGAUGUGCUUGCUGUGAAUUUCUGUAGCGUCCGGACCUUUUUUUUUUUUUUGUACUGAAGGUGAUAACACCUUCCUUCCUCUGUGAUUUUUUUUUCUUUUAUUUUGCGUUCUUCAUAAAGGGAAUGAAAUGGAGAAGUUGAAAAAAUAUGCAGCAGUGAAAGAUGAAGAUCAGUUUUAUCACCAGGGAGCCGUGGAGUUGCUAGUCUUUAACUUUCUGCUCAUUCUUACCAUAUUAACGAUUUGGUUGUUUAAAAACCAUCGAUUCCGCUUUCUGCAUGAAACUGGAGGAGCUAUGGUUUAUGGCCUUGUAAUGGGAUUACUUAUACGAUAUGCAACAAAAGCAUCAGAUGUUGAAAGCGGAACUGUUUAUGAAUGUGAAAAGCUGGAAUCUGGGCCAUCCACCCUACUUAUCAAUAUAACUAAUCAGGUCUAUGAAUACCAAUACAAAAGAGAGAUCAGCCAUCACAAUAUCAAUGGUCACCAAGGCAAUGCAAUGCUUCAAAAGAUGACAUUUGAUCCUUCCAUAUUCUUCAACAUUUUGCUGCCACCCAUUAUAUUUCAUGCUGGUUACAGUUUAAAGAAGAGACAUUUCUUUCGUAACUUAGGAUCAAUUUUAACCUAUGCCUUUUUGGGAACUGCCAUCUCCUGCAUUGUCAUAGGGUUGAUAAUGUAUGGUUUUGUGAAGGCCAUGGUACACAUUGGCCAGUUAAAAGCAUGGGAAUUCCACUUCACUGACUGUUUAUUUUUUGGAUCGCUGAUGUCUGCCACAGAUCCAGUGACAGUCCUUGCUAUUUUCCAUGAGCUGAAUGUGGACACAGAUUUGUACACGCUACUGUUUGGAGAGAGUGUUUUAAAUGAUGCUGUGGCUAUCGUGCUGACAUACUCUAUAUCCAUUUACAGUCCUAAGGAGAAUCCUAAUGCAUUUGAUGCUGCUGCUUUCUUCCAGUCAGUGGGAAAUUUCCUGGGGAUCUUUGCUGGAUCAUUUGCUAUGGGAUCCUCGUAUGCCGUUGUCACAGCUUUACUGACAAAAUUUACAAAGCUGUGUGAGUUCCCCAUGCUGGAGACAGGUCUGUUUUUCCUCCUAUCUUGGAGUGCCUUCUUAUCAGCAGAAGCUGCCGGUCUCACAGGUAUUGUUGCAGUCCUUUUCUGUGGAGUCACGCAGGCCCAUUAUACCUACAACAAUCUGUCAUCAGAUUCCAGGAUGAGAACUAAACAGUUGUUCGAGUUCAUGAAUUUUUUGGCUGAGAAUGUCAUCUUCUGUUACAUGGGACUCGCACUAUUCACGUUUCAAAAUCAUAUCUUCAAUCCUCUUUUUAUUUUUGGUGCAUUUGUGGCAGUUUUUAUAGCAAGAGCUUGCAACAUAUAUCCACUUUCUUUCCUUUUGAAUUUGGGUCGAAAACAAAAGAUUCCCAGGAACUUUCAACACAUGAUGAUGUUUUCAGGUUUACGUGGUGCAAUAGCAUUUGCAUUGGCUAUUCGAGACACGGGAUCCCAGCCCAAACAAAUGAUGUUCACAACAGCACUGCUUAUUGUGUUUUUCACAGUCUGGGUAUUUGGUGGAGGCACAACGCCAAUGCUCACAUGGCUUCAGAUCAGAGUUGGUGUAGAUCCAGAUGAAGACCUCAAAGGACAAGCUGCAAGCCAGAGUGCGUCUAACUCGGAUAAAAAUAAAACCAAAGCUGAGAGCGCAUGGCUGUUCAGAGCAUGGUAUGCCUUUGAUCACAGUCUGUAAGAUCCUUUCAUUCUGGUCAUCCUACAACAUCUUUGAUCUAAAUUUCUGCAUGUUUAGCAUCACUUAAAAACAACCUGCAUAAAAGAAACGGUAUUCUAGUGACCUCCAACCUGUAAGUUAAAAGAUCUCCAUCAAUCAACAAGUUAUUUCCAUCACAUUAUUGUUUUUACGGGUAUCAUCCAUUUUCUCACUCAGACCAUGAGUACAACAGUUUCAACAGACUUUCAAGAUGCAUCAUGACUGGUUUUAAAAGCUACAUGCAGACACACAGUAGUAUGAUCUGUUUUUUAACCUUCUUCCUAUACGAUAGUGUGAUAAAUGGCAUGAAUGAGCUGUAUGCAGAAACCAAGUAUAACCUUCUUCAUAAAUAUUAAUCCAGCCAUAGGCAAUAUAAUAGUGCUCCAAACUGGGACAUUUGAAAGCUCUCCAUUUACUUUAGUAAGGUGAUUUCCAUAAUUACACACAGGGUCUACCACCAUCAUAAUUAUCCCUGUUCUUCCCCACAAAGAGCCAUUGCCGCGUUUCAAAGUGACACGUAAGGGGAGCAAUAUAGGAUCACAUAUAUAAGUGUAGCUCUCCACCUCCAGCCUGAAAAUUGCAAGCUGGCAGCCUUGUGAUUCAGAAUAACCUGCUGCGGUAUUUCUCCAUCUGUCAGUACCUGGAGAAGUCUCAAUGGCAUAGAACAAAAUACCUUUCUCAACCAUUGGUUGCUUUGAUACAGCAAGCACAGGGGAAGUGCUGCCCACUGCUUCAUUAACAAAAUUGCCUCUCAGUAAUCUGUGAAAUACCAAAGUAGCUAAAAUCUUCUUUAGCCUUACUGUUUCAUGGUGGUUUCCCACCCCACCCCUCAUUUUUCUUCCCCCCACAACCCCCUUUUGCAAAAGUACUGAGCUGUGUUCCAUUUGCAAAUCAGCACUUCUCUAUAUAAACAUAUUCAGUUAUGUUUUGUUUAGAGACUUUUAAAGAUUUUGUUUUUCACAAUGCAAGCACAAGUCUCUCAGGGUUCCUCAUUCUUCACUGAGACCACCAGCAUGGCUGCUGCUUAGGAAACUGCAAGUUACAACCCCAGCAGGCCGUCAGUAACAGUCACUGCAGAAGGCAAAUGGCCAAGCUUGUGUGAACAGAAACCGAUCUGAUUUUCAUAAGCAUUUGAUAGCAUCCUGCUAAUGAAACUUAACUUUCUCUUUAUUCCUGAUAGAUGAGAGCAUGCUCUGCAUCUUACUUAAUUUAAGGGCUAUGACAACCCUUGCAUGCUUGCUCUACUUCUAGCAGUGCAGUGCCUACCCUGGGAAUGGGGCGCGUACCCUAGCAGUCCUAUCCUGGGAACGGGGUGCGUUCCCUACCAGGUGGCCUGCCCUGAGCCGCGCUGGUCCUGCCACUGCACUGCCACAAGCUAGCUAACAUAACACUCAGCAGGAGCUGCCGGGGCUGCAGUUGCACUGAGAUAUCAGUGAAUCUGGGGAAUAAGUGACAAAUCAGAAAAAUGAGCUUUGGCAUUUCAACAGCACAAAAAGGUCCUGGCUCACAGAGCUGACAGCUUUUCAGAAGAGCAAUCCAGCUCACCCAGUCCCUUUUCCACCCUCUCUCUGCACAGCCCAUGCAGUUGGGAAACCCCAGAUGCUGUGCCCUAUGGCUCCAUGUCCCCAGGGGCAGCAGCACCCCAAAUUCCCCAGCGCAGGGCUUUGGCAAAGCCCACCUACUCACCCUAUCGGAAACGUCUGAGUGCUUACUGUGCUCACCGCAGUUCCCAUGAUAACUUCAGUCUCCAGCACCACUGUGGGAGCAUGGAGUGGGCGGGAGGCAUUACUGGUCCUUUUAACCAAAAUUAAUAGUAGUAGGAUACACAGAUUCUUUCCAUCAGCAGUUUGCUAUUUUUCUUUACUCAGAUGUUCUCCUAAAAGCAACUCCUCCUUUUCUGUGAUGACAGGAGGGUAAAAAUGUAAUUCUUUCUAUGGGACUAUUCUGAAGAUUGAAAUUUCACUCAAGUCCUUUAAAAAUUGUCCGUGGCUGGUUCCCACACCAUUGAUUCUAUGCCAUGUGACAUCAGGAGAUAUCAUCCCCUCCUGAAAACGAAUCAUUUUCCCUAAUGAUUGGCAUUUUCACCAAUUAGCAAUCAUUCCAUGAGAUGCACAUGUCAAGACAGUAGGCAAGUCUGUUUUCGUGCUGCUGCUACACGUCUUAAUCUUGUUAGUACAGCUUGGACAUAAACCAAGGGUAUCACAAAACAGUCAGGAUAUUUUUCUUUAAGAAUGACUAAUUUAAGGACGAAAACUUCACAAAAUAUUCAAGAGUUACUGAAUUCCCUGCGGUUUAAACAGGAAUCCUUAGCAACCCCUAUUUUACACAUAUUUAAAGCAUAUGAUAGAUGUUUGCAAGCUAAAGGAUCAUAGGCUUUACUUCCAGGCUGCCGAACAUUUUCACUGUGUAACUUUGCAGGAGUUGUGUGGGUCAUGCACAGCACCACUAAAGUCAAGAGGAGCUUUUCCAUCCAUUUUAAUACACGCAAGCCUGGGCACGCAGUUUUCGAGCCAAAGCUCUGUAAUGGAUAUUGCAGUAGAGACUCAGCCUGGGUCUCAAAGCACCUCACAACAUUUAUUCUUUCCAAAUCACCCAUGAUGUAAAUAUUACUGUUCCCUUUCUGCAGCUGAACAAACCACAAGAGGCAGUAGUUAAGGUACCAACUGUUGACCCAGAUGUAUAUUUCUACAGGUGCAGUGACAAUAAAUUGCACCUGUAACUUUGCCUUCACAGAUGAUUCACACUCUUCAUAAGAAAUUUCAUUCUCUUAAAUUGUGUACUUGCCAAGAGAUGAGAAAAAUGUUUGUGUUUGUGCUCUGGUAGACAAUCAAGAGAGAACAGAAAUGUUUAAAAACAGUGGAAAGAAAGAAAAACAUUAACUUGAUAGAUCCUGUAUAGAAGUCCUGCUUUGGCUCUUAAGUACUAGAGAGAUUUUAAGACAUUAAGCUAAAAUUGGAGUCCUCUGCCUAAUCAUUAAUAGUUACAUCUGUGAACACUCUGAAUAUCGCAUUACACAAUUUCUGUAUAAAAGACAAAAGAAACUUCAAGAUAUUCCCAAAUAAUUUCAUUAAAGACAAAGUAAAAAGACUGCAUGGAAACAUUUCAGGAGCAUUAGACAUCCCUAUUUUGCUAUUGUUCCAGCUCUCAUCAGAUUCCGUGUUGACUAGAGAAGAAAGCUGCAAAACUGGCCAGUGAGCAUCUCUUAUGCUGUCUGAUUGAUGGCUGCUGGCAGGGUCAGUGUUCUCGCUAUGAAAAAUCAGAAGAGACAACGGAACAAGAAGCACAUUCUGUAAUUCAGCUUUUGUGCACUUCUUAUAGAGUUGGGGAGCAAUUACCUUCCUACAGAUGAAGUGAUGACAACACAGUAACGCUGCUGGUAUGUAAAUGUAACUGCCACGGCAUAAAUGAGGGACUGGAGGUUUCUAUGUGUACAGAUAUGCUGCUCUGUCAAAAUAACGCUUCUUUGUAAUCCAGAGGAAAAAUGGGGGGGGGGGGGGGAAUCCAAAGAAAGCAACUGAAUCAAUAAAGAUGGUGGAAGAAAAUCUUAGUCCCAUCAGAAAAGGUGGAAAUAUUACCAGUGGCAUCAGUGAAGUCAGGAUCGCACUGUACCUCUGUAACUGAAUUGAAAGCCCUUCUUUCUGAAUGCUGAGUAACGCUGACAGUGAAAUAUAUUUUAAGUGACAACAAAAGGCAAUUUUCUAGCAGAAGGGAUUCUAAAUAAGGUCAAGCAAAACCAUGCAUAAGCUUGAGAUCAGGUUUAAUACAGCCUUUUGGACCUGAAAAUGAGGGAAAUUUUCCUAUUUGCAACUAAGAAGUACAAAUUUUGGAAAACAUCUUCCUUGACCUACUUGUACGUGGAAGCCUGAUGGUUUCAGUGGACUUCCUACGGAGAUGAAUGCUAAUAGCAUCUGUCCUUUCCAAAAUGUACACACUUGCCAGCAUUACAGUACUCAUAUUUUUCUACUGCUAUGCACAACAAAUACAAAAUACGUUUUAAUAUUAUGCAAAGAAACACCUUACAGUAACUAAAAAUAUAUUGGUUCCUUGAAAGUGGCAUAACCAUUUGACAUGCCAUUUAAAAACUCACGUUAAACUUCUGUCCUUCCCACAAGUGGUUGUUAACUACAUUUCUCUUCUCACCCCUUUUCUGUUGUAAGAGAGAAACUGAUGCAUGUUUUCUGAGGGGAAUGAUUCACUGGUUUCUACAGCUGGAGCGCCAACCUUGACUAUUCUUGGAAAACCCAAAUGAGCACUGAUGAGCAUAUGGUUACUUUGAGAGGUGCUGUACAUUCCUCUCACUUCAGCUCUUACCAGGUGACAUCGUUUACCUCUGCAGUAAUCUGAUUAGGGGAGAAUAAUUCUAGAGUACCAGAGCUGGUGAAAUGGGACUGAAACACACCUUGUUGCGUUGUGCAGAUGACUAAGAAUAUUGACUGCAUUUGGCCUUUACCAGUUGACAACUUUUUAAAAAAAGGUUGAAGCCUAUGCAGAACGCUGCUCUUUGAGAACCUGAUUUAUCUCACAUAUCAGGCUGCCAUGUAGAGGCUUCACAAAUGAACUGAAGAGAUCUGAGCCCUGGUUCUUAAAUAACAUUCCUUGACUUAGAAGAAAUUCCAGAGUCCAUGUGGCACAGCCCUAUGCUUCUCUCCUCUUAAUCUGCAUUUCAUGACAUUUUCUCUUAUUUUACUAUAUUUGAAUCCUGUCUUUAAAAAAACUAGACUGAUAAUUCUCUGCUAAAAACACGCCAAAUGCCAAAAUUGAAUAAAUUUAAUUCCUUGUGCAACCCAAAGUCCUGACAGAACUGCUAACUGAUAAAUCUUAUUUCUCUCAUAAUAAUUGCCUACAAAUGAGCCACAGCAGGGCAAGAAUCCUUGGUCAGGUAAGCAGCACAGGGCAAGAUCAGACCCUCUCAACUCUCCACUGUUGUACCAGCCCUACGCACAGCUGGCUACAUGGAGCACAAUAAAUUCACCUAGGAGAUGCAGUUGUAGCCUUCCUUGCUGCUGGAUGAAGUCUUCACGUGCACCCUUCUGACUCAGCGCAGAGCUAGAGGAGCUGCAGACAGGACCCACGGCAGGUUCAGGGCCUUCUGUACUCACACUGCACUACUCACAGUGAGGGCUGUCAGGAGCAGCUUGGGACCAUAACGGAAAUAUAUUAAUUACAACAGUGUCUUUCAGUAUUUGUUGAAAGAGACAGGUAUAAAGGAAAUGGACUGUAGCUUUGAGAAAAUUCAGCUUUUAGUAAGCACUGUAAAGCCAAAAUAAUUUGACCAAUUUCAGAGGAUUCUCAUUUGCUGCCACAAUCUAAGUCCCACAGUGUGUUUACCAGGCUCCCUGGAAGUAGCUACUCCAAUGUCCAUACCUGAGAACUCAAGAGUAUCCAGAUUGCCCGGGAUAACAGACAGUCUGAACUUGAAGUGUCAGAAAUCCAUACCUUAAGAAACCGAUGUGGCCAGCAGAGUGCUUAAGGGCAUUCACACUACAUCAACUGCACUCCCCACAAACUGCUAGAAAAUCUUUGGUUAGCUUUUGUGGUUUUUCUCUAUCUAGGCUAUGCUUUUGUCUCUUUCUUAUCCUAUCUAUACAUAGCAACUAGCCAAAUGCAGUCAAGACUGUCACAAGGACCUCCAAACGUUUCUAUAAUGAAAAUACAAACAUCACAUACGUACUACCACAAAUCUCAGUCUCUUCCAUACCUUAACUAAUCCACAAACCUAAAAUAAACUCACUAAUAUCAA